AUGAUCAUCAUCACCGGCUUCGCGCCCUUUGGCAACCUGCCGGACAACCCGUCGCGAACCUGCGCGCGGAUGGCCGUGUCCUUGCUGAAUGCGGAAGGCAUUGAUGCUGCGUUCGUGGAGGUGCCCGUCGAGUUUGAUGGCGCGUUUCCAACCGUCCAGAAUGUGGUGCGCGACCACAAGCUGGGCGCGGGCGACGGGCUGAUCUGCGUCGGUGUCGCCGCCAACCGCAAGAGUGUGUCGCUCGAGACUACCGCCAGGAACAUCAUUGAUGCCCGGAUACCCGACAACGCAGGCAAGCAGCCGCGCAACACCAAGAUCUCCCCCGACGGACCGGACACCAUCUCGACCCGCCUCCCCGUCAAGACUGCGAUCGAGCAGAUCAAGAACGCAGGCAUCAAGGUCGACUUCUCGGACGAUGCCGGAGAAUACGUCUGCAACUGCCUCUUCUACCAGAUCGUGAACGACGCGGACCUGAAGAACCACGGUGUCGUCACCGGCUUCGUACACGUGCCCCUCGAGGAGGCGGUCAAGAUCGACGACCAGACGAACGCACUCAUCAUUCUCGCCAAGGAGAUCGAGAAGGAGGCGCACAAGAAGCACCGUCUGCCGACCGACGGCCAGGCAACGAACGGAAAGCAGGUGCCUCUGGGCGCAUAG